AUGACCUCAGUGUUCAACACCGAUGCUUCACUGCCGUACAACCAUGACUUAUUUGAAAGCCUUAUUGUAAAGAAAAGAGUAAAGGUGGACGGGGGACUUAGUGCUAGCGUACCACAAUCAUUCCGAGAUGCCGGGAGUUCGCUAGCACACAUAAAAACACAGCAUUUUCUGGGGGAUAUUGAUAUCCCCAACAUGCCGUGA